AUGAUCAGGAACCCAUCUUCAUUUGGACAUAAUUCUUUCAGCAGCAGCAAGCAGAAAAGCAAAACGCCAUGUGGCAGGAAAGUAAGCAUAAAGAAAGGUCCAUGGACUCCGGAAGAAGAUGAGGUUUUAGCAACCUACAUCAAAAGACAUGGAGAAGGGCACUGGCGAACCCUCCCGGAGCACGCCGGUUUGCUCCGCUGCGGGAAGAGCUGCCGCCUCCGCUGGGUGAACUAUCUCCACCCCUCCAUCAAGCGCGGCCCCAUCGCGCCUGAUGAGGAGGAUCUUAUCCUCCGCCUUCAUCGCCUCCUUGGAAAUAGGUGGUCUUUGAUAGCUGGGAGAAUUCCAGGGCGUACGGAUAACGAGAUCAAGAAUUACUGGAAUAGAUCAUAA